UGCAUCCAGAGAAGAGGAGAUCAAGACCAAGGGAGAGCCGGGCUCUUCAAACCAGCUGAGGCGGCAGCAACCGUGCCCUGCCCGAACAGACAGCCAGACCCAGGGCGGCCCCUCCUGGCAGCUCUGCUCCUCCCGAAGGAUGCUUUGGGAGUGAGGCGAAGCUGGGCCACUCCUCACGCCUGCAGCCGCCCCCUUCACUCUUCUGAGUCUCCGCAACAGUCCUGCCUGCCCUUCUACCCAGCUGUUGCUCAUUUCAGGUCCAGCAAAGUCUUUCUGAUUAACGGAGAGAGGGCAGUAAGGAGGACUUCCUGGAGGGGGUGACAGUCCAGAGCUUGAAACUGUGCCACACCAGAAGCCAUUGGCAGCAAGGAUACCAUGAAGCUUCCGGGUGUGAUGCCAACUCUGGUCCUCAAAGGCCAGUUGCUGUUGCUGCCCCUGCUGUUGCUGCUGGGACCACAAGCCUCUCAGGGACUGGUCAUCAUACCCCCGGAGCCAGAGCUUGUCCUCAAUAUCUCCAGCACCUUGGUUCUGACCUGCUUGGGUUCAGCUCCUGUGGUGUGGGAACGGAUAUCCCAGGAAUCCCUGCAGGAAAUGGCUGAAACACAGAACGGCACCUUCUACAGCAUACUGACACUGGCCAAUGUCACUGGGCUGGACACAGGGGAAUACGUUUGCACCUAUAAUGGCUCCCAUGGGCUAGAGCUCAGUGAGCAGAAACGGAUCUACAUCUUUGUGCCAGAUCCCACCAUGGGCUUCCUCCCUAAUGAACCUGAGGAUCUAUUCAUCUUUCUCACGGAAGUAAGUGAGAUCACAAUUCCAUGCCGAGUGACAGACCCACAACUGGUGGUGACACUGCACGAGAAGAAAGACGAUGCCCCCCUGCCUAUUCCCUAUGACCACCAACGUGGCUUCUCUGGUACCUUGGAGGACAAGUCCUACAUCUGCAAAACCACCAUCGGGGACAGGGAGGUGGAUUCCGAUGUCUACUAUGUCUACAGCCUCCAGGUGUCAUCCAUGAAUAUCUCAGUGAACGCAGUGCAGACUGUGGUCCGCCAGGGCGAGAACAUCACCAUCAUGUGCAUUGUGAUCGGGAACGAGGUGGUCAAGUUUGAAUGGACGUACCCCCGCAUGGAGAGUGGGCGGCUGGUGCAGCCAGUGACCGACUUCCCCUUAGAUGUUCCCUACCACAUUCGCUCCAGCCUGCACAUCCCCAAUGCUGAGCUGGGCGACUCAGGGACCUACAUCUGCAAUGUGUCAGAGAGUGUGUACGACCGUCAAGAUGAAAAGGCCAUCAAUGUCACUGUGGUCGAAAGCGGAUACGUGCGGCUGCUGGGAGAAGUGGAUGCUCUACAAUUCGCUGAGUUGCACAGGAGCAGGACACUGCAGGUGAUGUUCGAGGCUUACCCACCACCCACCGUCCUGUGGUUCAAGGACAACCGCACCUUGGGCGACAGCAGUGCCGGCGAGAUCGCCUUGUCCACACGCAAUGUGUCGGAGACCUGGUACGUGUCAGAGCUGACAUUGGUGCGGGUGAAGGUGGCAGAGGCUGGCCGUUACACCAUGCGGGCCUUCCAUGAGGACGCUGAGGCCCAGCUCUCCUUUCAGCUGCAGGUCAAUGUCCCUGUCCGUGUGCUGGAGCUGAGUGAGAGCCACCCUGCCAGCGGAGAGCAGACAGUGCGCUGUCGUGGCCGGGGCAUGCCCCAGCCAAACAUCACCUGGUCUACCUGCAAAGACCUCAAAAGCAGGUGUCCACGCCAGCUGCCACCCACACCCCUGGGGAACAGUUCUGAGGAGGAGAGCCAGCUAGAAACUAACGUGACAUAUUGGGCAGAGGAGCAGGAGUUCGAGGUGGUGAGCACGCUGCGCCUGCGCCAUGUGGAUCAGCCACUGUCGGUGCGUUGCACUCUGCGCAAUCUGCUGGGCCAGGAUGCUCAGGAGGUCACCGUGGUGCCACAUUCCCUGCCCUUCAAGGUGGUGGUCAUCUCAGCCAUUCUGGCCUUGGUGGUCCUCACCAUCAUCUCCCUCAUCAUCCUCAUCAUGCUUUGGCAGAAGAAGCCACGCUACGAGAUCCGGUGGAAGGUGAUCGAGUCCGUGAGCUCUGAUGGCCAUGAGUACAUCUACGUGGACCCCAUGCAGCUGCCCUAUGACUCCACGUGGGAGCUUCCGCGGGACCAGCUUGUGCUUGGACGCACCCUCGGCUCCGGGGCCUUUGGGCAGGUGGUGGAGGCCACGGCUCAUGGCCUGAGCCAUUCGCAGGCCACAAUGAAAGUGGCUGUCAAGAUGCUGAAAUCCACAGCCCGCAGCAGUGAGAAGCAAGCCCUCAUGUCAGAGCUGAAGAUCAUGAGUCACCUCGGGCCCCACCUGAAUGUGGUCAACCUGCUGGGGGCCUGCACCAAAGGAGGACCCAUCUACAUCAUCACCGAGUACUGCCGCUACGGUGACCUGGUGGACUACCUGCACCGCAACAAGCACACCUUCCUGCAGCACCACUGUGACAAACGCCACCUGCCCAGUGCCGAGCUCUACAGCAACGCCCUGCCCGCCGGGCUCCCCCUGCCCAGCCAUGUGUCCCUGACUGGGGAGAGUGAUGGUGGCUACAUGGACAUGAGCAAGGAUGAGUCGGUAGACUACGUGCCUAUGCUGGACAUGAAAGGAGACGUCAAGUAUGCAGACAUCGAGUCCUCCAACUACAUGGGCCCGUAUGAUAACUACGUCCCCUCUGCUCCUGAGAGGACCUAUCGGGCAACUUUGAUCAACGAGUCCCCAGUGCUUAGCUACACGGACCUUGUGGGCUUCAGCUACCAGGUGGCCAAUGGCAUGGAGUUCCUGGCCUCCAAGAACUGUGUCCACCGAGACCUGGCAGCCAGGAACGUGCUCAUCUGCGAGGGCAAGCUGGUCAAGAUCUGUGACUUCGGCCUGGCUCGAGACAUCAUGCGGGACUCGAACUACAUCUCCAAAGGCAGUACCUUCCUGCCUCUGAAGUGGAUGGCCCCCGAGAGCAUCUUCAACAGCCUCUACACCACGCUGAGUGACGUGUGGUCCUUUGGGAUCCUACUCUGGGAAAUCUUCACCCUGGGUGGCACCCCUUACCCGGAGCUGCCCAUGAACGAGCAGUUCUACAAUGCCAUCAAGCGGGGUUACCGCAUGGCCCAGCCUCCCCACGCCUCUGACGAGAUCUACGAGAUCAUGCAGAAGUGCUGGGAAGAGAAGUUUGAGAUUCGGCCCCCAUUCUCCCAGCUGGUGUUGCUUCUCGAGAGACUGCUGGGCGAGGGUUACAAAAAGAAGUACCAGCAAGUGGAUGAGGAGUUUCUGAGGAGCGACCAUCCAGCCAUCCUUCGGUCCCAAGCCCGCUUGCCUGGAUUCCACGGCCUCCGAUCUCCCCUGGACACCAGCUCUGUCCUCUAUACUGCUGUGCAGCCCAAUGAGGCUGACAACGACUAUAUCAUCCCCCUGCCUGACCCCAAACCCGAGGCUGCUGAUGAGGGUCCACUGGAGGGCUCCCCCAGCCUCGCCAGCUCUACCCUGAAUGAAGUCAACACCUCCUCCACCAUCUCCUGUGAUAGCCCCCUGGAGCCCCAAGAAGAACCAGAGCCAGAGUCUCAGCCCGAGCCCCAGGUGGAGCCUGAGCCGGAGCUGGAGCAGCCACUGGAUUCAGGCUGCCCUGGGCAUAGGGCUGAAGUGGAGGACAGCUUCCUGUAGGGGCUGGUUCCCACGCUGUCCUGCCCGAAGCUCUCCCUUUGCCUCCCAGCACCCAGCACCUCCUGGCCUGGCCUGGCCUGGCUGGGCCUCCUACUGGCCAGGCUGCCCCCAUGAGAGCUGUCCCCUCUGGAAGGCUUCUGCCCAGGACACGUUGUGCCCCAAACCCUGGGGCUGGCUUAGGAAGCAAGAGAACUGCAGGAGCCAUGACCAGCCCUCUGCCUCUGGGGAGGCCAUGUGGCUCUGAGCCAGGGUACCCCUGAGGGGACUCAGUUUCCCCAUAUGUAAGAUGGGAAAGUUGGGCUUGAUGAUACACAAUCUGGGAUUCUCCCCCUGGCUGACAGGUGGGGAGGUUGGAAUCCCUGAGUUAAUGAAGUGGUAAAUUAAUUUCUUUCUGUUCAACCCUCAAGGAGCCACAACUCUCUCACACACUUUUAUCUGCCCAGGAGCUGGGGAACAGACUCUAGCAUUCCUGGCUCCUGGCUGAGCUGGGACCUGGCCAUGAACAGUGUUGCUUCCUGCAGAAGCCACCCCCCACGAUGCCAGUCUCUGCUUUCCUGGGCCCGAGCUGGUCUGGGGCCAUCUGUGCUUACUUAAUUGUGUUAAUUAAUGCUGGGGUCUGAGCCAAGUCCAAGACUUCCGGCCUGUAUUCCUGCCCAGGGUCCUCAGGGCACACCUAGACAUAGAAAGUGCCUUUAUCCAGGACUUCCAGGCCCAUCAGUCCCAGGGUAUUUUCCUCAUCACCAGAGUCUGCAGGGCCCCACAGGCCCCACGUCUGUGAUGAGUGUGAUGUGCCGGCAUGAAGUGUCCACAUAUGCGCACCAACAUGUGGCCCUGAAUCUGCAUUGGACCUGUUAUGAGACUUUAAAGGAAUCCCUCACCCUAUCUGGGCUUCAGUUUUCCCCUUUGAAAAAUGAGCAUGUUGGACUCAGUAACUCCGAGUGCCCUGUCAGCACCAACAUUCUAGAAUAUUCCAGGGGGUUGCACACUUGUCUAGAUGAAGCAAGGCCAAUACCCCAAACUGCCAUCCUGGGGGUCAGCAGGACUCUGGGGAGAUUCCAGACCACACAUCACACUCCGGGGAUUCAGAAACUGUGCCUCUUCUCCAGACCCCCAGCAAGUCCCAAGAAUGCAGCUGUCCAAGCCUUGACUUGGAGUGACAGCUAGUGUCCUGGAAAGCCCCCAGCAGCUGCCCCAGGGCCAUGGGAAGACCAUGGGAGCCCUUUCAGCACCCACAAUGACCUCUGGAGCUACCCUGGGCAGAGAGAACAAGUCAAUUCACCUUGUGCAUCCCACUACUCCAGCACCUGCCAUCAAGGUCUGUUCUGCAGACAUGAUAGACAGUUAGGACAAUUAUGUCCUACAAAGGACAAGUUUCACAUGAUAGAGGGGUGGAGAGGCAGGCAUUUGGGGGUUGCCUUCUCACCUGCCAGCUGCCCCAUCCCUGAGGCAUGGGAACCCCAUGGGGGAAUGGUCCCCAGCCCAGUGGGCAUUGGAAGUGCCAGAGGAGUGAGGGCUGUGGCCACGACCACUGGCAGGAGAAGGGCUGGAAAGAAGGGUAGCUCAACCCUUCUGGGUGCCAGCCCCUAUGCUGGUUGGCACCUCCCUGCCCUGGGAUGCCCAAAAGCCUGGUCCAAGGAGGGGGGGAGUGGGUUCUCACUACGGUACCAAAGAUGUAAUCACCUAGGUUUACAAGUAUUUUUAGGACUCACGUUAACUCACAUUUAUACAAUAGAAGUGCUAUUUUGUAUGCUGUUAAGUUUUCCUA